CCAAGCCCGGCCCCUCGCCUCGCCUCGCCUCGGCUCGCCUCAGCCCGGCGCUCGCCUCCCGCGCUCCCCCGGGCUCUUUGUUGGAGGGUGCCGGCAGGGGGCCGCGGCACCAUGUCCUCCCCCAAGAACGGCUUCUACCGCCAGGAGGUCACCAAAACCCUCUGGGAAGUGCGGGACCGCUACCGGGACCUGCAGCCCGUGGGCUCCGGCGCCUACGGAGCCGUCUGCUCGGCUGUCGAUGGCAGGACCGGUACCAAAGUGGCCAUAAAGAAGCUGUACCGCCCGUUUCAGUCGGAGCUCUUCGCCAAGAGAGCCUACCGCGAGCUGCGCCUCCUCAAGCACAUGAAGCACGAAAACGUCAUUGGAAUACUGGAUGUGUUCACACCAGAUGUAACGCUGGAGAAAUUUAAUGACUUCUACCUUGUCAUGCCAUUUAUGGGAACAGACUUAAGUAAGAUAAUGAAGCAUGAGAAACUAACUGAAGACCGAAUCCAGUUCCUUGUGUAUCAGAUGUUAAAAGGCUUAAAGUAUAUUCACUCCUCAGGCAUAAUUCACAGGGAUCUAAAGCCCGGAAACCUGGCAGUAAAUGAAGACUGUGAAUUGAAGAUUCUGGAUUUUGGAUUGGCCAGGCAUACAGACAGUGAGAUGACAGGUUACGUGGUCACAAGGUGGUACAGAGCCCCGGAGGUCAUACUUAACUGGAUGCAUUACACGCAAACAGUUGACAUCUGGUCUGUGGGCUGUAUAAUGGCUGAAAUGAUAACAGGGAGGCCUCUGUUCAAGGGAAACGAUCAUCUGGACCAACUCACAGAAAUAAUGAAAAUAAUGGGUACACCAACUCAAGAUUUUGUGCAAAAACUGCAAAGUCAAGAUGCAAAAAACUAUAUCAAAAGCCUCCCAAAAGUCCAGAAAAAAGAUUUUGCAUCCGUCUUGAAGUAUGCGAAUCCUUUGGCUGUAAGCCUUUUGGAGAAGAUGCUGGUGCUGGAUGCAGAGAAGCGAGUCACUGCAGCUGAGGCUUUGAUGCAUCCUUACUUUGAACCAGUUCACGAUCCUGAGGAAGAAAUUGAAGCUGAGAAGUACGAUGACACAUUCGAUAACAUGGAUCUACCGCUGGAUGAGUGGAAGCGUAUUACCUAUAAAGAGAUACUGAACUUCAAACCACCACUAACAUCAGAGUCAAAGGAGACAGCAGUGUAAUUGUAUGACCUGGUCUUUUCAGAACUCAGAAGACAGCAGGAAAGUUGUAAAUGUUUGUGAUAUUUCAGGUGUAUAAAACUUUUAUAAAUAAACUGGAUGUAACCUGUUUCAUCUCCACUGUAAGAAAGAGCAGUGUCUUUUCCUCUGCAUGUGGAAGUGGUGCCUCUGGGAUUAGCAUCUCUGAACUGUCCAGAAGAUUAUUUCUGCCCACAGCUUCUCCCUUCUGCAUGAAAGGAUUCAGACUGUGAUAAUCCUCUGCCAUCCUUGAAAGAGCAGGUAGGGCCAAUUCUUCAAAUCAGACGUGAGUACAAGUCAGCACUGUCAGCAAGCGGAGACACAGAGGAUCUCGGUGAUGUGCAGCGUCUGCUCUCCAGGGCUGUUGAACCAUCCCAAAUGUAAAAGGUAUCAGUGUGACUUCCUCUGGAAUAUUUCACCUUGAUGAGCUGCCUGUGGAGGCUAAUCAGCUUCUGUUUCCUCAGCUAGUGUGGCGAGUAGUGGAGACACAGCCUGAGUGGAGGCCUAUUUCCUUUGUCUUGUCUGACAACCAGGCCUGACAGAUUUAUGCAAGAGGCAAGAAGCAGACAAGUGUCAGUGUCCUAUUUUUUUUAAAGUAACUGGUGUGGUAGGACAAGAUUUCCCAAGUUCACUAGGUGAGCAGCCACUUGGUAAGCAAUCAUUUUCAAGAGUUACAGUGUUUUUAUCUCAAUACGGUGCAGUCUCUUUGUAUAACAGACUGGGGAUCAAGGAUUUCCAGGGAGAAACUCUUUUAAGACAUUCUGAAAUGUUGUAAGCUCUCUAGCAUCUUAGUGUAGAAACAAUCAUUGAAAAAGUGCAUCUUCUCAGAGGACAUGCUGGUUAGCUAAUCAGCAGUGCUGAUCCUGGAAAUACAGCAGCACGCAGGUGGCAUUGUAGAAAAUAAAACGAGGAUAAAAAUAUGACACUGCAGCUAUUCAUGCAGCAAGCUGUCUUGUUCUUGGUGUGUGGAGGUGUUGCCAGGUGCAGAACAACAACCGUUCUUUUUUUCAGCCUUCUGAAGUCAUCUUACCUGGGGGGGAGCCCUCAAACCUUCUGCUGGGAGGUACCUUACAAGAAGGAAUCAGAUUCCUGAUGACCUACAGGGGGAUGCCAGAUGCUUCAUGAGCUCCUGUUACUGUCUGGCUUCAUUUAUUGUAUUUUCCUAGGUGCUUAGUUCAUAAUAAUCUCUCAGACGUGGGAAAAAUAAAUUAGCAAACCUUUGGUGCAGAAUUUCUUUGUGAGGUCACUUCUCUUUGUUAAAGGUAAUCUCUUUCAAAUCGACUGCUUGGACAUGGAUUAUUCCCAAUGCCAUCUGCUGUUUGUGGUGUGUUGCUGCUAAAUGAAACGGUUGUGAAGGAAGACAAUUUAUAAUGUGGGUAAUAACUGAAAAAGAACUAACAAAUUACUUGUGGUUUGGGUGGGUGGUUUGUUUGUUGCUUUUUUUAAUAACUAAUUUAAACCAGACAUUUAAUCAAGGCAUCGUUGCUCUGUUUCUUUCCAUGAAUGUUUAACUUAAACACCUGUAAAUAGUGAUGUUUGUUUAAAAAUUAUUCACAAUAAGCAUUGAUUAAUGGAGACAGGCACCUAGAGAGACUAAGUGGUAACAGAAACCUUGAAUUAUUGAUGUACUUGACAAGUUAUUAAAAACUGUAGGUUCAGGAAUGCAUGAUAAAAAGCAGUGAAUGCAAUUUGGAACAAAACAUUUUUCCAACCUGGAGGUCACUGAGGAAGGCACAGUUGGGUCACCCCCAUUUUGCACUAUUGACUUUCUGCUUGGGCUACACUUUCGUGUUAAAUAGGAGCUUUUUCACUUACUAAGCGUUUUUUAAGAUCGUGCAUCAUCAUGGUCCUCUUAAAAGUCAUGGAAGAAAAGUGGCUGUUGAAAUGAGUGGGUUUUGAUAGAGCCAGUCAAGGGCUGGAAAGAAUGUCAAAACUUCUUUGAAAAUGCCCCCUUCAUAAUUUACAUGGAAUUGCAGCAUCCUAACUUGUAGCAAAAGUCUAAAGUCUUGAGGUAAUGCACAUGGCUCAAAUGUUAAUCAGACUUUAAGAGCUUUUUUUCUCCAUUGCAAACCUAGUUUGCUUUUUCUUCAUAAAUUCUUCAGUGGGCAUUUUACACCAUACACACACCCUAGCUCUGGUGAAAUCAAGCCCUAAAAACCUCCAGUGGCUAUGGGGAACUUUGCCUCUUUUAAUCUGGACUUCUUUUAGUCUACUACUGCAGAAGCAGCUAGCCCACAUGAGAAAGAGAUGAGAAGAUAAUGUGAGGUUUCUGUCUCUGUCUGGGGAAUACAGAACUCCUGAAAUAACUGCGGAGAAGACCUUGGUGGAUGUGCCAGAAAAGACAGACGUACUGCUGUGCUGUCUAGUCAGUAAACAGUUUGUAAGGACAACUAACAAACACGGGAAGUUUGGUACAUCUUGGCGUGAUGGUGCUGUGAGGAGACCAGAAUCUGAAGAGACUGCUCAAAAUAGCAGUAGAGAUUAUUAGUAAAAUAGCUCAUCACGAGAAAUGUGAGCUGAAGGCAGAACCAUUUUGCAUGGGAGGCAGCUGCUGCUUCAAGGGGAGAGACAACAUUUCCUAGCGUUUUAUUUGCUGUUUCUACUGGUGCUAAGCAACUCAGGAAUAAGAGCCCAAUUUCUGUUUGCCUUAAGGAGAACUGUAAAUAUGUUCUGCAUGCACUUGAAAUGUAUUGUCAAAAAUAAAGGUUGGGGUUUUGUUUCUUA